CAUUCUCCGACACUCGUCCGUGUUUCUGAGGAAGCAGCGCAGCCCCCAACACCCCCGGGUUGCACCGUCGGAGCGGAGUGGUGGCAGUGGGCGUCCCCCCCGCUUUGUUAUUUAAAUCGUUGUUUUCUCGCAGGAAGUGUCGAGGGCAGACGGAGUUUCCGCCGUAUCCCUUUGUUUCGAUUGGUUACCUGCUGAACGUUUUCAAUUGAGGCGUUAUUUGGAGAUUCCCAUUGCUGGGGUCAGGGUUGUGUCAGCCGUGGACAGGAGGCAUCCCCGGGCAGGGUAGCAACGGAGAGCGGCGGCGGCGGCGGCUGGAGCAAGGCGCUGCCCGCUGUUAUCUGAGUCCAGAAGCCAUCUUUCGGUGCUCAGGUUUUCCGCUGGAAAUGUGGAGACGAACUGGGAACAAACCCGGCUGAACCCUAUCUCGUUGAUUCAUUUUUGUUGUUGCUCGUAGUAAUACUUGUCUUCGUUCGCUGCGGGCACCUGAAGUUCAAAGGCGAGGGAGUGCCUGUUGGCAAGAAGAAGCGAAUCCGGAUCCCCUCGGCUUCACACGCAUGGAUAUCGAAUUGUGAACAGCCAGAUUAUCUGUUAACACCGAGGAAGGUGGUUCAAUCCCCAGGGACUCGCGAUUGCGAGGAUUUCCUCAAUUGUUUAUUCCACGAGGAACUGGCUUUUUUUUUUAGCGGACAGGUGUGAUUCUGAGUAUUUUUCCAAUAGAUCACUUUCGGAAGAUUAGGGCGAUUUCAAGCGAGAAUUUUGUAAAUGUUCAUAUAAAUUAUUGUUUCAGGAAGAAAAUUGGUGAUUUCAAAUGGUACUUGGCUCGGGCGCGUCACUCAUUGCAAGAUUUAGUUUCUUGUAACUGUCGCUUGGAGUGUCAGGAAAAGGAAACGUGGCUGUUUUAAACAAAAAUCAUCUGAAUCGUACUUGCAAUGAGGAGCAGAAGGUGUGACAGAAGAUGAGCAAAUACGGUCAUAGAAAAUUAUUGGAUAUUUAAAAAAAACAUGACUGUCCAUAUCGUUACACAACGUGAAGCAAACCCCAUACGUACAAGGCUGGGAUGCUUUUGUUUUUUUUCUACAGCUAUCCCGACAUCCGCAUGAUUUUAGCGAUUGUGCUGAAGUGAGAAUAUAACACCGCGCGUUGAUGCCGUCCCCAAUGAAACAGUGCGAAUACAGUCAGAUUGCCACUCAGAGCUCGUCUCCUAUGGAGUCUCCUAAGAAGAAGAAAAUUCCGCGGAGGAAAUGGGAAGUCUUCCCAGGGAGAAAUAAAUUUUACUGCGAUGGCAGAAUCAUGAUGGCCAGUCAAACGGGGGUUUUCUAUCUCACACUUGUAUUGAUCGUGGUCACCAGUGGGUUCUUUUUUGCGUUCGACUGUCCAUACCUAGCAGUAAACAUCACACCCGUGAUACCAGCGAUAGCAGGAGUUUUGUUCUUUUUUGUGAUGGGAACGUUGCUUCGUACAAGCUUCAGUGAUCCAGGAGUUCUACCUCGUGCCACGCAAGAUGAAGCAGCAGACCUGGAAAGACAGAUAGAUAUUGCCAAUGGUUCAAGUUCAGGAGGUGGGUAUCGUCCUCCCCCCAGAACAAAAGAGGUGAUAAUUAAUGGGCAGACAGUCAAGUUAAAAUAUUGCUUCACCUGUAAGAUCUUCCGUCCACCACGUGCCUCUCACUGUAGCCUUUGUGAUAACUGUGUAGAACGAUUUGAUCACCAUUGCCCCUGGGUAGGCAACUGCGUGGGAAAAAGGAACUACAGAUUUUUUUACAUGUUUAUUUUGUCACUGUCAUUUUUGACAGUAUUCAUCUUCGCCUUCGUCAUCACUCAUGUCAUUCUCCGAUCUCAGAAGACAGGAUUUCUAAAUGCGCUUAAAGACAGUCCUGCAAGUGUACUGGAGGCAGUUGUUUGUUUCUUCUCUGUGUGGUCAAUCCUUGGCCUUUCAGGAUUUCAUACUUAUCUGAUCAGCUCAAAUCAGACAACAAAUGAAGAUAUUAAAGGAUCGUGGUCAAAUAAAAGAAGCAAAGACAAUUACAAUCCAUAUAGCUAUGGGAACAUCUUCACAAAUUGCUGUGCAGCUCUUUGUGGGCCAUUGCCACCAAGCUUAAUUGAUAGAAGAGGAGCGAUCCAGUCAGAUACACCACAGCCAGCAAUGCCACCAAAUGGAAUCACCACAUAUGGGGCCACACAAACUCAGAGCAACAUGGCUGCAGCCAUACCACUUUUACAGAAUGAGUUAAGUCCAACCAGCGAAGAGCCUCCUCUACCUGGAAAGAUGACAAUUUCUCCCCCAUGUGCCACAUUGGCUCUUAGCCAACCAACACCUCCACCAUCUACUCCAAACCUUGCAGCAGAAACCUUACUUACAGAUACAGUGCCAGUAAAGGAAAAAUGUGAAGGUCACCACUUCCUUACACCGGAAGAGGCACCAUCACCUCCAGGAAUGCUUACUCCAGGUACUCCUCUUCCUCAUAGCCACACAAUGCAUGUCCUGAAUGCGGUCACCCAGGAUUCAAUGCACGAGGAUUCAGUUCGAGGCCUUGUCAAGCUUAGCUCAGUUUGACCCAUUAUAACUUCCCAAAUUCCAGAUGUUGCUGUAAACACCAAAAGUCAUUUCAGGAAAGGGCAUCAUUUUUUCUAGCACAGACUAGAAACAACAGACAAUCACUUCCAUCUCGAUACAGAGAAUAAGUGCCACGGUGUAAAGAAGAGCCAUCCUGAAUCGCUCAGACUAAGAAGCAACACAGUGGACAUUCUUUUGUCAAUGGGGCCAUAGCAAAAAACUAUUCAACUGCACUCUGAUAUUGUUCAAGUGUUACUUCUACAGUGCCGUGCUUUGAAGAUGUUGCACAGUUGAGAUCAGUCAGAAAGAUCAACGAUAUAUCAGGUUGCUGAAAUAGAAGAACACUGAGUAAAUCAAUUGCUAAACACAGUAUGAAUCAUCUUUAUCAUCAAAAUAUGAGUAUUCAUCUCUUGCGUUGGUGAACUGCAAUAACUAAUUAACAAUGUGUUCAGACAAAGCCUGUUUAUACUGUAAUCUAAGUCACUAUGCCACAUUGUAAGCAAGUGUUAAACAACUUGUGUAAAAAAAAAAUUUUGUUUUCCAAAGAAUACAAACAAGGGCAAAGGAAAGCAGAGAAGUGAAAAAUCCUAUUAUCCUUCACUGUAUUCAUUUUUUGGGUUAGAAAGACCAAGAAUAUUAAGGACCAUUAUCAUUUAUCUCUUUUUUAUGUACAGUGUUUGAAAAGAAGCUGUGUUGUGCCAUGUCACCAUAUAAAAUGGGUGAUAUUUAUUUCCUGUGUUUAUUAAUAAAAAAAAUGAUAACACUUUUAUUCUUUAAAUUGCUGUACCUUGGUGAUUAUGUGCAAUGGACUUCCUGUUUUCAGCUAAAAUGUAAUGUUCCAACUCAAUUUUGAUUGUUUUCCCCACAAUUCUUGAUAAUAUUUAUCUGCUUAUGUGCAAGGAACAAAUAACCAUACAAUAAUUACGUUGAUUAUAAGUGAUUGGUCUAGCUUGGAAAUAACUGACAAAUUCAUCCCACUUCCCUGCUCUUUCUCUUUUCCUUAGCAGGUGUUUCUUUUCAGGUGUUUUUCUAACUAUAUUUUGAAACCUCAUUGAAAUCAUCUGCAUCACCUGUUCAAGGAGUGCAUGCAGAUCAUAAUAACACAGUGUGCUAAAAGAAAUUCUGUUUGAAUAUCCUCUGAACAUUUUUACAAUCAUGUUAAAUUUGUGUUGUUUGGUUACAGUUCCUCUUCACAAUGGGAAAAAAUUAUCCUUAUUUACUCCAAUAAAAUGUUAUAUUCAGCUGCUAAUUGCUCCAAAAGGAACAAUGCUAGCUCUACUGGACUUUAUCUGAUCUGUUAUCCAAGGUGCCAUUCUGAUGUAUCCUUUCCAAAGCUUUAACAUGUUUUCUAACUUGCAGUGCCCACAAUAUGACACACUAAUCCUUAUGAGACACUUGGAUUAAUUUAUACUGCUUUUGUAUAACUUCAAAAAACAAAAAGAUUCAAAAAGAGGCAGCCUCAGUGGAGGUCAUUGAUUUGAAAUGUGAACUUUGUUUCUUUCCAUUAAUGCUACUUGACUUGUUGAUUAUUAACAACAUUCUCUGCUUCUAUUUUUAGUAUAACUUAUUCUCCUUGUACCCUGUUGCUCUACUUAUAAAACACAGAAGCCCUUGGACUUGUUUUAAGCUUUCUUAACUUGCCCUACCAUAUCCAAAUUUUGUACUUUUCUUGACCCAUUUUAUAUUUAUUUUUCUUAUCUAGUGAGAACACAUUAUUUCAUACUUCCCUGCAUUAAAUUUAAUCUGACUUUGCAAUGUUUCAUUAGUCUGUUUUGUCUUCAUUAUUUCUUACACUAAGUUCCAUGUCACUUGCGAGAUACUUUGUUUUGCAAAAACAGUCCUCUGUCCCAUUUUCAUUUGUCAGAAUUAGAUGAUUGCAUCUUCUUUACUCACUGAGUUAGAAACAAGUACAGGUACUGAAGAAAUGCUACUACAUAUAUUUCCAGGAUUCUUCCUCUCCAUGUUGUUCACUUUUGUUAGAGUAAUGUGAAAUCUUUAGCCUGCCAUCCAUCCCUCCAUUAUUAGUAAUUUUCCAUCCUCAUAAAAUUUUAUUAUAACUUUACAUCUCCCUUCCCCUCUUAAUAGUUAUAUUAUUAUAUCUAGCAUUAUAUUUAAAUAGUUAGCUGGUCUAAUAGUUAACAUUUUUCUCCAUAAUUACACCCAAAUAUGUUUGUCAUUUAACCAUCAAGCAUGCCAUUCCCAUCCAAGGUUUUAGUUAGCAUUCAUCAAAAUUGCCAAACCAACCCACUUUUUCUUUCUCAGUUCAUCCUUGUUUGCUUUGAGCUCAUUAGAACGUAAAUGACAAGUAAAGGCAAAUCUUUCACCUAUGUAUCAUUUUAAGAUCAUCACCCACACAACUGAAAGUAAAUUUGGCAAAAAAAUAUGUGAAGUGUGAAGAAAAAUUUCUUUUUCUCUAGGAGAUUGUUCAAGUCUAAAGAUGAGUAUGUUACAGUGAGAACAUGGAAGAAUAUUGAAUUGAAGCUUUAUGCUGCACAUGUAUUAUAAAAUAUAAAGUUUAUUUUGUGAUUGUACCAAAGGAGGACAAAGGGUUAUUUUAUAGGAAGUCUGGGGGUGGUGGUGGUGGAAAUACAUGCAGUAGACUUGUUUGUUAAGUGCUAAAAAAAUUUCUCAGAGCAGGGACUAUUUGCAGAUGUAACACUGAAGGACUGAAGUUCAACUUUACAACAUAAUUUUGGCUGUUUUAACAUUAUUUAAAGUUAAAAAGCAGAAAUUUAUGAAAUUGGAAGACCAGCAAUAUUGAAGUAAUGUAACUGUCAUUUUUCCAUAACAUAUUGUUUAAGAUGCUAUGAAUUUAAUCAUGGGUGUCAAUUGAAAAGUAUCAGUUGAACCAAUUGUAUAGCCACUAUCAGCGUUCUUUAAUUGUCCCUCAUUAAUAUUUCAUGAAACUUGUAUUGAAUGAUGUCACAUAACUUUAGUUUAAUCUUCCAUGUAUUAAACUAUAAGAUCAAAGCUAGUUCAGUUGUUGAAAAAAGCACAUUGCCUCAAUUAUAAUUUCUUUGAGUUAUAUCCUCAGAUUUUUUUUUGUUGUAUUGCAUAAUGGUUCACAGAUUAUUAUUACACACGUUACUGUUGAUGGUAGCCAUAACAGCAAUUAAAUUAGAACACAUCAGCAUCCAUAGCAGCCAAUGCUGAGAAUCCCUGUGGCCACUC